AUGCCUACCACAGAGCAGGUCCGCGCUAUUUUCGCUUCGUUCGAGGAAGGAAACGCCCCAUCCUUCUUCCAGCAUGUCGUUGAUGAUGUGGAUUGGGAAGUGAAAGGUAGACAUCUAUACACAAACAACACCCACGGAAGUUUCAUAGAACUUACACGGAGCCCGCUUUAUCCUGCUGCAGGGACGUUUUGCCCCAUCGCAGGGCGGUACAAGUCCAAGGCCGAGUUCCACGAAGGAACCAAGAGUCUCAGCUCCACCUGGGCGAGUCCCUUGAAGUUGCAAGUCCGCAACGUCAUCUGCGAUGGCCACCAGGCUGUGGUCGAGAUGCGCGCCAUAGAUACCGAGUGUUUGAAUGGGCUGCCGUUCACAAACGAGUAUGCCUGGGUGUGUGAGUUUAAUGAUGAGAAUCGGAUUAUUCGCAUUCGCGCCUACAUGGACACGGAUUUGGUGUGUCGGGCGAUCCGUGAGAACCAGGAGUGA